AUGCCGCGCAAUGGGAGGAGCUCGAAAGAAGAUUCGGUCAUGUUUGUUGGUAUUUGUCUCGCCAUAGUGUUCGCUCUGGCAACACCGAUGGUUUGGGUCUGGAUGAGGGAUCGCGUUAGGAGACGCAAACUGGAUCCCUUCAGAAAGCUCCACGAUCUCGAGCAUAACGGGAAGGAUCCAGUUCUGAACCCACCUCCAUAUGAGCGUCCAUCAGUUGUCGAUUCCAUAUGGGCAAGGCAAGAAAGGUACAAGACCUCGAAGCCUGCAAGAGCUGUCACAGCCGAUCGAGUCUUGGGCAUUGACAAAGCUUCGUACCUGCAGCGUAUCGUUCCACAGAGCGAGGGCUCAUCUCAGCUACUCACUGUAGCUCCUGCGCAUCUUGGCUGGGCAAGACAAAGGGUCAGUGGAAGUCAUGACGAAGAGCAGUGCAUUAGCCCCUGGGAUGCAGAGCACGCUCCAAAUCCAGUCAUAUUUCCCUGGCUCCAAAAGAGCGGAGCCAUUUCAAGGAGCGUCGACUCUGAAAGUAGUAAAGAAAGUCUGCAAACCGUGGCACUAACGAGCAUAUCAACGCCUCGCACCUCGUCUCCUUCCGAAGCUACAACACGUGUAUCUGUCGAUGACCCAUUCUUGGACUCGCCAAUCGAAUAUUCCGGUUCUUCUCAGAACAGCGAAAAGUCAUGUGAAUCAUCAGAUACUGGUCGGGAAGGGCGUGGUGAGUCCGCGCAGCCAUGCGAUGCAGAUGGGUCUGCUUCUGCACAACCCGGAAAGACAGCUGGGUCUUACGAUUGCGACGCGUGCCAAAUGACGUAUCCCACAAAGGGACAGCUCAAUAUGCAUCUCAACCGCAAGCAUCGUCGACGCUAUCGCUGCCAGCACUGCCCUUCAGCAUUCGCGCUAAAAGCCGACUUGCGGAGGCAUGAGCGAAGUGUGCACAAGGACAUGUACCAAGCACAAGCAUUUUCUUGUCCCAAUCCGUCAUGCGCCAUUCCACAAAAGAGGUUUGCACGAAGAGACAACCUCGAAAGACACAUACGGCGUUGUCGCAACCGCGAGUCAGGAUGA